CGAAUGCAACAGCAACGGCAGCAGAACCAUGGCCUAUUGCAGCGUGACCAGCACACCGGAGCGUUUCGCCCAAUGUCUGACCAACUUUCAAUUGGAUGAACUUUUGAUGCUGAAAAAGUCGAUGGAGCGCAUGGGAGCGCUGGAUGACAGUACCAGUGCCCGCGAAGACCCGCAGCUGGCACACACCACAGACUGCCCCGAGGCAGAGGCGAGCCAUGUGCCCCAGCGCAUGGCCUUGAUGGCAGCUGACCGAGGGGACUAUGAGAGCACUGGCUCUCAUGCACCGUGGCAAGGCCACUCGGCGCCGUCCUGGACGGAACCGAAGCCCUCCAAGCUGCAGACACUGUUCCAGGUCAGCAUCACGGCCCUGGCCUUUCUCUCGUUCGGUGGCUACCUGCUCUGCCUGAUCGUUCAGGCCAUCAAGAGCAAAGGCACCACCUACUUCCAUCCGGUGGCCACCGCCAUGAGCACCUCGAACAAUGGCAACGUCAAACGCAUCAAGAUCUACAGGCGGAGCAAGCGGAGUGCCCACGGAGUGGGCGACAUACCCAGCAAGAGCAUCCUGCUGCAGCAGGACUAUGCCACCUACAUGAAUGCGGUGCGGGGCCAACGCUGGGCGAUGCUCACCUAGAGGGAUCAUAGAUCUGAUUGCCGCGAUGCGCCAUCCGAUUGGGACCCGGCACCUUGAUGCCGUACAAUGCAUACUGAUCCUCGGUGAGGGCCACAUCGCUGUGCAUACAAAGAAAAAUACUUAGAUUAGCAAAAAACAUCCUCAUUCGACGUGCAACGUGCAACGUGCGACGUACCUCUGCUCCUCGUCUAUGAUGGGUGCCACAACAGCGCCCCGUGUACCAUAUUGGCUGUAGUAGGGCUCCUCGUAAUUGCCGCGGCUGCUGCGCUCUGGAGAACUGGUGUAGCCGUCUGUAAAAUGGUUUAUAGCACAGCUCAGAUUACUAUCUGGUUGCUGGUCUCUUCUAGGGUGGGGGCGGUGGGGUGUCACAUGCAUACGCAUAUUUAUAGGCAAUUUUUUUUGUUAGAAUUUAGAAACAAAACAAAACAACAGGGGAAAGAACAUAAAAUAAAGCUCCAAAUACAAGAGAGG